UUCAUAAUCUGGACUUCUCAAUUCUUCCGUCUUUCUUAUCGCAACCUUUCGACUUUAAGACGUCACCGCCAAAAUGAUUAUUUUCAAGGAUAUUAUCUCGGGCGACGAGAUGAUCUCGGAUAGUUUUGAGCCCAAGGAGGUUGAUGGCGUUGUUUACGAGGUCGACUGUGCGAUGAUCACCGAGGGUGCCGUCGAAGUCAACACCGGUGCCAACGCUUCUGCCGAGGAGGCCGAAGAGGGUCUUGAGGAUGGAGCUGUCCAAGUCAACAAUGUUGUCAACUCCUUCCGUCUUCAGUCCACCCAGUUUGACAAGAAGACCUACCUUAGCCAUCUUAAGGGUUACAUGAAGACCGUCAAGGCGAAGCUAAAGGAGAAGAACGCGCCUGAGGAAGAAAUCACUGCUUUCGAGAAGGGCGCCGCAACAUAUGCCAAGAAGAUCGUCGGAAACUUCAAGGACUACGAUUUCUACGUCGGCGAGUCCAUGGACCCUGAUGGAAUGGUUGCCCUCAUGAACUACCGCGAGGAUGGUGUCACCCCCUACAUCACUGUCUGGAAGCACGGCCUUGUCGGCGAGAAGGUCUAGAUCGUAUAUUUAAUGAAUGGUUAUUGUGCAUCACAGCCCAACAAGUUGGAGAUGAUGCGCCAUAUGGUAGCCUGAUAUUCUCCAAUACAAUGAAAAUGCCCCCUCUU